GUGUUUCGAUCAUAUCCGCCAGCUGUCAUUCCAUAGACCAUGUUGUACAUGUAAAUUCAUUGUGGUGUUGUGCUGCUGUACAUCUUUGACACUCGACUCCACUCACCCUUUGAUAACAAUGGUCCUGUUCUUCUCCUCGACAGCGGCGAACCCGCCAGUAACGAUUUACAUGGGCAGGGACAAAGUAGAAAACGAGGACCUCAUCAAAUAUGCCUGGCCACAGGACGUCUGGUUCCACGUCGACAAGCUCUCCUCUGCACACGUAUACCUCCGCAUGCAAGACGGAAUGACCUGGGAGGACAUCCCGCAGGCAGUCCUCAUCGACUGUGCUCAGCUGGUCAAAGCCAAUUCUAUCGAAGGGAACAAGAAGGACAAUAUCACAGUCAUAUAUACCCCUGCUGACAACCUGAAGAAACAAGGCGACAUGGCAGUCGGACAGGUGGCUUUCCACAACGAUAAACGGGUCAAGAGAAUACAUAUUGCGAAGCGAGAGAACCCCAUCGUGAACCGUCUGAACAAGACCAAGGUCGAGAAACAGGUCGACCACGAACAAGAGCGCAUCGACCGUGUCAAAAAGGAGAACGCGGAGAAACGUGCACAGGCUGCGCAGAGGAAAAAAGAAGAGGCGGAGCUGGCGAGACAGCGAGCUGAAGAAAAAUCGGCUAGAUCGUAUGAUUCUUUGUUCAACGUCGAGGAGGAUCCGGAUGCGCCCAAGUUGACUGGUAAAGCCAUCGAAGAAGAGUUCAUGUAGCUGUAUUCUGUAGUUGUCGUCCGUAGUGAAUCGACUUGCCA